AUGCACUAUCCGGGCUCUGGCUCGCCAACUUCUCCCAUUCUCAUUUCUGAUGAUGAUGAUGAGCAAAUGGUGACUGUCUCUGGCAAGCUCACAAAGGGGGAAUUUUCCGCGCACAGCCCAAAAUUCAAUGCUACUUUUCCCCAAUACUCCGGACAUGGAAGAGUCUCUAGAACCGGACAUCAGGUUGUGGAGAAACGCGACUUCACUGGGAGAAACCGACAAGUAGACGAGGAAGGUCGAUGUAGUUCUUUCUUUCUCUUUCGUUCUGUCACGUUGAAAACACGAAAGCGUAAACGCGAACAGUAUGACCUUCCACAUAAUAUCGCAGGACCUAGUCAUAUGCAUUCUCUUCCUCCUCCGCCACUUCCUGUUACAAAGAGCAAACGAGCUAGGCAGCAGGAACGAAUCACUCGUUGGCAGAGAGAUGAAGUCGCUCGCCGUCAAAUUUUUGACGACGCUGCUUUUGACGCGGAGUCUUCUUCAUUCAACUCCGACUCUUUCUCUCCGCCUCAUCCACCUGAUAUUUAUCUACCUCCUGCGUAUAUGUCAGGUCAUCCGCAUGUGAAAACCCCAUCUCUUUCAUCUUCGGAAUGGGUGAAUUCAAUGGCGAAAGCCGCAGACCCUCCGGAAACGCAGAAGCUUAUCCCCAUCCCUUGGGAUAUCUUUGUGCCUCCUACUCCCUGGACAUCCCAACCUUUGCCAGACCUAGAUCAGCCGCCAAGUUGGCCUUUGCAAUCUAUCCCGAUUCCACCCAUUAAUCUUCCAGCGAAACCUGUGCAUGCAGCCAUGCCUACAUCAUCGACCAACAUCAAUGCAUCUGCUGAAUCUCCAAAGAAAUCUCCUCCUACUAAUACCAUUGGUAUGCCUUACGCCAGAGAUCCAGACGGUAAACGAGGAGGGUUCAAGCUCUCAAGUACGACAGUGUUUGAGUCAAGGUCUCACUUAACAUUUCCGCACAAAGCAGAUCCUUCUCGUUCCCUUAUCAUGGACCAGUUACCAAAGCUUUCCCGGACACCACAGUGGUUAAAGUCCUGGGCUAUAGAUGCUUGCGGAACCGAACCGGUUUUUAUCGCUAUAGACUCUAGCUCCGCGAAAGCGCUUCUAGAGUUUUCUUCCGUCGAUCAGGCAGAACAGGCUUGGAGUAGUCCGAAGUUGGGAAAAGGCCUCAACAGCUUAGGCCCAAUUGAACUCAAAGGAAAAGCAAGAGUAGACUUGAUCAGGGUCUGGUGGUAUCGUAGCUCUUCUCCGGAGCUUGUGUUCACUCGAAAAGAGCUCGAGGAAGGCGAGAUUGAGGACGACGAAUCUAUGGUGGAUGGUAGAAAGGAAUCGAAGAAAGAGAAGCGAGCGAGAUUGGCGAAACAGGCCAAAGAUGAGAAGAAGAAGAAAGACUCAGUGGUUCAGAGCAGAGGUCUUCAAAUCAAAACACUAUCUUCCAACUCCUCGUCUAUGGAUUCACCAGUUAUCCACAUACCGGCUUCAAAUACAAGGUCUCUACCACUACCUCCUUCCCCAGCUUCAGCGCUUCCCCCAAGGCCGUUUGCAUCCACCAUAUACGUUCCUUCUGCGGCUCCUCCCGUUCCCCUACUUAUGUCCCCUCCUACUAGUUUAUCCGCGCACAAGGAAUCCACUAUAAAGCCAACUAUUCGCCUUAAAAACAUAACACCAACAGGGGAUGCAGUUAGAGGAUCCCAGCCUGCCUAUCGAUUUACAAAGCAUGCGGAUAACGCUGUCGACGUUGACAUUCCAUUUUCAGCGGUGGAUCAUACCGACGACAUUGACAUGGAAUUGUCGUCUCCUGCUGUGCAACCUUCUCCGAUCCCUCGCGAUCCACAAGUAGUAAAGCCUGAAAAUCAUCCAAACGAUCAUCAUGCUACCGUCAUGAAACCAAUCGUGAUCACAUCGAAUACAGAAGACAUCAAGACAGAAUUGGCUCGUCCGUUAGGCGCGCGUAAAAUCUCUGCUUCAAAUCUCACACAUCUCGAUUACACAUCAUCUGAAUCAUCGACUGUCCUUUCGGAUUCAAACACCAUACAGACUUCAUCAGUCAGAUCCUCCGUUGUAAAACGCUCACUCUUGGCUCGACAGAAAGAACUCGAAGAGCGAAUUGCACGUAGUAAAUUGGAAAUUGAACGCAACCAAUCAUUGGCAGGUAAAGAAAACGAUUCAACGAUGCGGUCGCCCAUUAAUCAAACCCUCACCCUAGCAUCUACCUCGGCGUCUUCGCCAUCUAUAUCGGUCAAACCUCCUCUGCCAUCUCCUAAUUCUGACGCUCUUUCUCCUCCUAAUAAGCAGGCGAUCGAGGUUCAACUUCGCCGUCUGGUUUUGGCCAGCCAGCGGAAAAAGAAAAUCAGUGAUUCUGGUUCUAUUCUUCCACUUUCACCCAGCUCUGAUACCACCAUUGACAACGACGAGCAUUUGCUCACUAAUUCAGACCUCGUUGUGGUAUCGGAAGCCGCUUCAUCUGACUCCAAUAGUGGUACACGAAUCUCUUCCACAGCCGCUGGUGCAGUGUUCGACGAUCUUGCAGUUUCAUUUAUACAAGAGAGUAUACAGACAAUCAAACCAACGCCCGUGCUUCCAGCUGUUGCAACCAAACCUCAAUCCAACAGCUCAUCUGUGGGGUUGGCGGCGCGGCGUGAACAGCUGGAAUAUCAGAUCGCGGAGACGAAGAGGCUCAUGGAAUUACUCUCCCAGACAAGAACCAAGCAAGGAAGGGACAGCAUUAUGGCUCAGAUACGCGAGCUCAGUCGGUCCCAAAAGCAGGCCUCAUUGCCUCCAACUUCUAGUUUUGGGCAUACUCCUGCUUAUCCCUCGUUUCUUGUGAAGCCAAUUGAACCCGCGAAGCCACCUUGGCCCGAAAGUAUCCCCGAUGGUGGAAUCUUCAUUAUGAGCGAUGAUGAGGAUGAGGACGAUGAUUAG